AUGUCCCCUAUAGGAGUUUCUUGGGCUCUUGCCCAAACAGUGGACGGCGCUCUUAAGAUCAGCAGAGAUGCUGUUCUUGUUGCCUCAGGGGACAACAUUCAGCCAUUUACCUUGACCGUUUGUGAGAAAUUUGGCGCCACGCUCGCCAUUUCCAGCCUCACGCAGACGAAGAUUGAGGACAUGCUGCGAAAGCAAGCUAAAAGCCCAGUCCAGAAAUUCUGGGCUGCCAAAAUAGGUUGGGCAAAAGGCGAUUCGGUCGAUUUGCUGUCGCACAGUGUUGAAGGCAUACGUUUUCUAUCCCUCGCAGCCGCACUCGUUUCGUCAUGCAGUAAAUUUGAUGCUGCCACGGCACUGGCAAGAAUGAUUCGCGAUACUGCUGAAGACAAGGCAUUAAGUCCGAGCAUUUUCCAAUUGAAGGACCUUCUCGACGUUCUUGAGCCAAGGCUCAAUCAAUCUCGAUUCUUGGAUGUUGUUCUAGGUUAUCAAGCUUUGCUACCUCAACUGCACACUCGACUCCAUGACAACGCCGCUGUUCCAAGUGCAGAAGCAAUUCAAAAGAUCGUUGACAAUUUUAGAGAGUUGUCCCGUGUUGGACCUGCGGAUGUCCGAAGUCUGAAAAUCACAGUAGGACCAUUCGCUGCCUGGGUCUCGGGCUUUGCACACUGGUGUGUCGAAGUUCCUCCAAUGAUAUGUGAUGAACACGGAGCAGUGAUUCUUGACCAGCCAAAUCCACAGGUCACCAUUUGCAUCUCGCGGAACUUGGAUUAUCAUGAUAACAUCAGUAUAGAAACCAUUUAUGACUAUAAGAGCAGUCAAGAGGCUUUCGGUGCUAUUGUCAAAGAUGCGGACGGCCCUGCAUGGGCGACUGGCAUGGUGACAGUCGAAACCUAUGCACGGUUUCUGCUAAAAGACCUCGAGUUCCACGAUGGUUUGGGGAGAAUGGCAUGCGCCCAAGCAAUACCAUACGCUGUUCACCUUACCAAGUCGGCUUUCACGGAUCCAACCCAAAUUUAUCGUUUCACCGAUCAAGAGGUCGAACCCGGGCUACUGAGGACAGUAUAUCCUUCGGAUCCCUUCCCAGCUGAUGAUGUGGUGGGUACAUUGGUGAACAUCUUCCUUGGACCGACCUACGAUGGUCCCCUGAUCCAGCGCCUGUCAGGUGACCUCAAACUUACAGACCUGCCUGCCGUUAGCUUGUGGGUUGAAGAGCGCAGGAAUAAAUUCCCAGAAGAUCCUGAACAAGCAUUCCUAGGCCGGCUAGGUCAAGUGGUGGCGGACAUACUUGCCUUGUCGCUGUUGGUUGCGGAAGGUAUGACCGACCCCAAGAAGAUCGACUGGCUUGUACUAUAUAACCCUUACGGAAACCUGGCGCCAGCGUCCUACGAGAAUGAAUGGCGGUUAGCUGUCAAAUCCUUUCUUCAACACGGCGUGUUUCUUCGCCGGACCCAGCUACUGGGGCCGCUGAUCGAUUGGGCCCUCAAAUUAAUUGGCCAUCAAGCAUCUGAGUAUGUCAGCAAAGGUGAAUGGGUUGCAUCCUCUUUCCGAGGACAAGUCAUCGCACCACGGUUAUUGUUUGCCAGCGAGAUACCUGUUAGCGGCUUCGCAUGCAUGUCGGUUUUUGCAGGCACCUUAAUGUUGGAAACGGAGAAAAAUCGAAAAUUCUCCUGGAUACUGUCAGAAGAUGAAAAGGGGUCUCUGUUACCUCUGCUGAAUCGAGAGUGUUCUUUAUCCGCCCGCGCCAACGCCUUUCCCGAAGCCAAAAUUCGGUGGCAGUUGACAGUCAAAGACAACCAUCUGGCAAUCGCCAUGGGAUGGACGUUUAAUAGGAGCAUCCGGCGGCCGUUUUGUACGCUGAAUGGACUGAUGGGUUCAGUAAUGCUGGGGAAUUGCAGCCAUUCAGCAGACACAGAUCUGGAACGUAAGCAAGACGUUGUGCUCAUCGCGCCAGACAACGGCCCCCACAGCCCAGAGACCCUGAUGGUAGCGGUGUAUCCAUUAUAUGGCAACGAAGCACUAAAGAUGCUUGCACUGGCUUCAACCAAGAGUUAUGGUGACAGUAGGUCUGAAGCACUAAAGAUGCUUGCGCCGACUUCAACCCUGAGUUCUGAUGACAGGAACCUCUCUAUACUCAUCAACAGGGCCGCUUGCAUGAGUUGUGCGAUUCGCGUCUGUCUGCACUUGGGAAUCGGAGGCAUGAUUUUGUGA